ACCGCUGUUGAAAAAUUGUAGCAUGGCACUCUCCAAGAGCAUUACUUACUGUUCCCGCAGUAUGCAAUGGUUUGUACUACGUACAGUUACAACAUCCUCCUUCUAACGCCAGACGACGCAAAGGAAAGCGCAUUGAAAGUCCUGAAAACGGAGAAAGAGCAAGGUGUAGGCAUGUAUGACCCUGAACUCCAGAAGGCCUACGCAAAUGCAGACGUCAGUAAAGCAACAAGUGGAAGGACGGUCGAAGAAGAAGCAGCAAUGAUACCGAGUCGUAAUUUUUCUGUUUAGAUUGAUUCUUGUUCUGGAUUUUUGCUUAACUGUAGGAUGAGGGUGUAGGGUAUUGCUUUGGAAACAGGAGUUUGAAUUUCCCAUUUCUGGUAGUGAUAGAUAAGAAAUAUUUCUAGCAUGAUCCUCUCCCUCGAUUUUAAACUUUGUCCUCAGGUUGGAGCCAAGAGCAUGCUAAGAAGGCUAACAAGAAGCCUGGCAGCAAUAAGCGUCCUGGCUACGGUGACGUGUGGGACGACGAAGCGAUUGUUUUCGAUGACCCUAACGGCGCGGACAAAGAUCCGAAGAUGACACUGUCAGAGGAGGAAAAGAAGGCAGUCAGCGAAAUCCUCCAGAACAUGGCAGGCGAUCCAGGUGGCGUCUCAAACGGAGGCUCUCGUGGGAGUACUAUGGCAAAUGGAUUGAAAUUUUUCUAGAUGAUGGUGAUGUACAGAGGAACAAUGGAAUACUUAGGGAUACCAGAGAACCACGAACGGGACGCUGAGAUUUGUUCCUACUGGCGAGCAUCUCAGGGUCUUCGAAAGAGACGCAGCUGUCUUCAUCGAGUAGACUGACGGAGUGUCAACUCAUAGUACUAUUUCAAUAUCUACUUUCGAUAGAUUUAGUUUUACUUCUGCCUCUAAACCUCCUGCCGGAAACUCUGGUAGAACAGCGUCUAUCACGCGUGGCGCAACGAGGAUAGCCAUUGAAGAGGAAACAGAGAGCACUGCAGCAGGAUCAUUACGGCGGGAUUUAUCUAGACAUAGCGACUUAGAUUUGGUGAAGAUACCACAGAAAUACCGUAGAUGGGACAUAGAAUUUCAAUUUUGCUUUCUGAGAACUAGAAAAGGUAGCUUUCAUCCUUUUUAUCUUUCAUGGAGAACAAUCACUCUCAGUAAAUGAUUCCUCCUCCUCUAACGCACGGCGGCACCGACUCCGAGAGCAUGGCCGAACCGGAGGACCGGAAAGAGGAGAAGCCCGCCUUCAGUUUCAACCCACGGGGUCGCGCAGCGAAGCCUGCACAGGAUAAUGAGUUAGAUGAGUUAGACUAGCUCUGGUGACGGGAUCGGGAAGUCGAAAGAAGCAAGUUUAUUUUAGGAUUCUGACAUGGUAGUUGUUCAAUAUUAUGAGUUCUUAGUAUUUCUUCUAUUCCGCUUUAAUUGCUAUUAUGCAAUGAAAUUACCGCACCUUAGUUCAUGGUUGACCUAUCCUUAAGCAGACUCUUCCGACAAAAGACGCAUAAGAUGAGGAUUCUACCGGAUCAUGUAGCAGAACCACUCAUUGGGUCUUUAGGAUGGAGAUGUUGCUUACAAAAACCGCUCAAUGGAUGGCUGAUUUCUGCGUGUACGCAAACAUACGAAAAACAGAAAGUUGUAUAAAAAAGGGAAUAAACUGCGAAGGUGGAAGUAG